AUGAUCAACCUCCUCCCGCUCAAGCUGCGCCUCUGGCUCGAGCAGCGAUACGUCGAGCGCCUCACGCCGACCGGCCACGGCGAGAGGAAGCUCGGCCAGUUCUCGGGAGCCACGGUCGUCGACCAUCAACUGUGGGACCAAGUCCUCAAGGCGCACCUGACCGAAAAUGUCACCAUUGGCGACGUGGCAGGCAUCAGCACUGUCGACUAUGCAGCCGUCGCGAGCGACGGCCGCUUCGACCAAUACCUCGCUCAGCUCGCCGCGGUCGACCUCGACAAGAUUCCGCCGGCCGAGGAGUUGGCGCUGUACAUCAACGCGUACAACGCGUUGACGGUCGGGCUGAUCGUGGCGCACGAGCGGCGCGGCGGGCCAGCCCUCGCGUCGAUCAACGAGAUGAGCACGCCAGCUGCCAAGGUGUGGGACGUGCCUGCGGGGCAAGUCGGCGGCGAGCAGCUCUCCCUCGGUGAGAUCGAGCACCACAAGCUCCGCGCCCGCUGGAACGAGCCAGCGCUGCACGCCUGCAUCGUCUGCGCCAGCGCCUCGUGCCCCAACCUGCGGCGCGAGGCGUUCUGCGCCGCCCGGCUGCGCGAGCAGAUGGACGAGCAGGUUGCCACGUGGUUUGCGAACCCGACCAAAGGGCUCGCUUGGGACGCCGGCCAGCUGACGCUCUCGAGGAUCUUGCUCUGGUUCUCAAAGGACUUUGGCGGGCGGCAAGCGGCGGCCGACUUUGCGCUGCGCGCGCUUUUCGUUGUCAAGUCGAUGGGCGCUGGUGUCAGGCACAUGGCUUUGGAUUCGGAGGUGAAUGCGAGAGCGGCGCAGGCCGUCUCCCACGGAAAGAUUCGGGACCUCAUCAACUACAUGUCGCGGGCGGUCGAGUGCGAAGAGGAGGAGGCGCCCAACUACACGCUCGGCUUCGUUCUCACCUUCGUGGCCGGAUCCGCGACCACGCUCGGCUCCCUGGCUAUUUGCUUCGUCAAGGACAGUGAGAAUCCCAAGAAGAUGACCGCGGCGGCACUGGGCUUUGCUGCGGGCGUGAUGACUUACGUCUCGUUCGUCGACGUCCUCGGCGCCGAGUCGCCCGAGUUCUUUGGCUCGCACUUCGCGCCCGAAGGGUGCGAGCGGCGCAAGAUGCAAGAGGCUUUUGGGCCCGAGCCGGGGAACGCUGGGCCAGUGGUCGAGGAGGGAGAGACCAUCUGGGUCCGGGUGUGCGUGGCUGGCUUUUUCUUCCUGGGCAUCAUCCUGGCGAUGGGACUCGACGUGUGUGUGGACUGCCUCUUCUCUGGCGGCCACGGCCACGGCCACGGCCACGGCGGCCACGACCACAGCCACGACGAGGAGGCGAAGGGUGACACUGUGACCCCCGAUAAGGAGGAGGAGAACACGUCGCUGCAACGCAUCUCGAUGGUAACCUUCUUCGCGCUCGCCAUGCACAACUUCCCCGAGGGCAUCGCGACCUUCUUCGGCGGCGGCACCGGUUCCUUCACCGUGCCGAUCGCCAUUGCAAUGCACAACAUCCCGGAGGGCAUGGCGAUCGCCAUACCGUGCUACCAGGUCACCGGCUCGUUCUGCACCGCGGUACGCAACACCUUCAUUGCCGGACUCGCGCAGCCAAUCGGCGCGGCGUUCGGCUGGUUCCUCAUCGUGCAGCUGCAGAUCGAUGACCUGCCCGCCUUCACCUACGGCGCGGUCUACUCCCUCACCGCGGGCGUCAUGGUCUGCGUGUCGAUCAUGGAGCUGCUACCGGAGGCCUUCGCCAGCGCUCCCGCCAACUACGUCAUUUGGUUCGUCUUUGCGGGGUUCGUGAUGAUGGAGUUCAGCAUCAUCUGCCUCGACCUUGCCGGCGUUUGA